AUACAUAUAUAUAUAUAUUUAUUUAUUUUUAUUACUAUUAUUAUCAUUAUGUAUGUUUAAAAUUUUUUUCCUGCAUAAAAGAAUUUUUUUUUUUUCUAAGAAAAUAUUUAUUUUUGAAAAAUCUCGGGGGGUUUUCGAUUCACGGUUAAUUGUAUAUUUAGUAAUGAAGGCUUAUGAAAAAUCAUACUUCGCCUCAUUUCUAAAUUUACCAAUAACCGGCUAAUUUUCAGAAUUUUUGAAGAAAAAAACUUAAAAAGCUGAGAUUUUCAUUAUUAGUUAUUUUCUUUCUUUAUUUUUUAUCGGACCUAGCUGAAAAAGAAAAUAUACGUAUAUAUAUAUAUUUUUUAUGGAAAAUUAUUAUACUAUUGAUUAAGAAUAUUUAAUAUGAUUUAUAUUGGAUUUAAAUAUAAGUACGCACUUGUACUUAUUAUAGUACUUGUUGCAAUAUUUAUUACAGUUAAUUUUGCAUCACCAACCUACGAACUAACGAGUCAAGCUCUUCAAAAGAGACAAGGUAAAGGUGGAGGAGAUGGAGGUGGACCGAAAGGAGGUGGUGAUAAUGGAGGUGGACCGAAAGGAGGUGGUGAUAACGGAGGUGGACCGAAAGGAGGUGGUGAUAAUGGAGGUGGACCGAAAGGAGGUAAUGAUAAUGGAGGUGGACCGAAAGGAGGAGAUAAUGGAGGUGGACCGAAAGGAGGAGGUGAUAACGGAGGGAAUGAUGCACCAAAAGCGGGCGGUGAUGCACCAAAAGGAGGAGGUGAUAACGGAGGGAAUGAUGCACCAAAAGCGGGCGGUGAUGCACCAAAAGGAGGAGGAGGUGAUAACGGAGGGAAUGAUGCACCAAAAGCGGGCGGUGAUGCACCAAAAGGAGGAGGUGAUAACGGAGGGAAUGAUGCACCAAAAGCGGGCGGUGAUGCACCAAAAGGAGGAGGUGAUAACGGAGGGAAUGAUGCACCAAAAGCGGGCG